AUGAUAAUUACGGAUGAAGAGAUCCCAGACUAUUUUAAAAUUGCAAUAAAAAUACCAAUACCAACGAGUCACAACGGUAAGAACAGUGGUUUUGAUGACCAUAGAGGCAUAAGACUUCUCCCUGCCUUCGACAAAAUAUCACAAAGAAUCAUUCUGAACAGAAUACAAUCGUUUCCUCCAACACAAGUCCAUAGUCUCCAGGGAACUAACCGAAAAGAACAAGACUCAUUAACUACAGCUUUUAUGAUCGAUGAAUCUAUUAAAAGCUGUUGCGAUGAGGGAGAUUGCGUGUAUGCGU